UAAUUGUUGCAGAAGCAAUUUUUACUGGUAGAGAGAGAAGUGAAGGAUAUGAUGAUAAUCCAAGCCAGUAGCACCUGCACCUGCAGGUCUCCGUCACUCAGUCACCCGCCCCUCCGCCCUCACAUUUCCCUCAACUCUCGGUUUUCCCCAGAUUCGCCAAUUUUGUUUCUCAAACCUAAAUUUUCACAGCGCGCUGUUACUACCCGCGCUAUCCUUGAGAAUAGCACUUCAGAUUCAGUGGCUACAAAGGUUGUUGAACGUGAUCUGUCUUUAGCGAUCAAAAACAAGGCAUCGGAGAUAUCUUCUGAUUUAAAGGGCACAUCCAUAUUUCUUGUUGGGAUAAAUAGCUCGUAUAAAUUGGGCUUGGGGCAGAUUCUUGCUGAUGCAUUGCGUUACUAUUAUUUUAACAGCGAUGGUCUGGUGGAGGAAGCUGCUGGAGGAAAACCAAAUGCUAUAUCAAUCAUAGAGAAUGACGAAGAAGGAUACCUUGCAUCCGAGACGGAAGUACUGAAGCAGUUGUCAUCAAUGGGCCGAUUGGUUGUUUGUGCUGGAAAUGGAGCUGUUAAAAGUGCAACAAAUCUGGCGCUACUAAGGCACGGAGUUUCUAUUUGGAUAGACGUGCCAUUGGACUUGGUGGCGAAAGAGUUGGAAGAGGACAAGAUUCAACUUUCAGCUUCUGAUACGCCAAUAUGCAAAUCAUCUUCCGAGAUUCAGGAUCAAGUGGCUGCACUAUACAAUAGUGGGCGAAAUGGAUAUUCCACUGCUGAUGCCACCAUUUCUCUUCAGAAUGUGGCUUCUCAAUUAGGGUAUGGUUAUGACGAACUUGAUGCUGUGACGGUUGAGGAUAUGUGCAUGGAGGUUCUCAAGGAAAUAGAAAGACUGAUGAGAGUAAAGAAGAUGAUGGAAGAGGCUGCCAGACCAUUUUAACCAUCAACUUUAUGAUCUAAGAAGUGAUACACUGUCUCCCUCUCUCUCUACAUAUAUAUGUAUUGUGUUGUGUAUUGAUGGGCCAUCCUACGGUUCUAAACCCAAGACUGAAGCCCAUUAAAGUAGCCAUGUGGUGGAAUCAACAUGGAUGGAAAUGUGGCCCAUAUUCACACGUGUUGUCCCCACUUUGCCUGCUGAUUUGAAAAUUUGCAAAUCUCUGCUUA